GACCUGGCACUGGGUCCCCCAGUCUAAAAGGCGGUUCUGGGACCAGGAAAUCUGGGGGUCGUGGAGAUGGAGCCAAGGGACCCCCAGGGUUAGAGGAGAGGAGGGAGCGGAGAUGAGAAAGUGGAGGGUUUCCUGGUGGCCUUGGAGGACCAUCUGGAGUGACUGGGUUCGGUCUUGGACAGGAUAGGGCUGGAUGUAAGUAACUGUGGAACGGCUCUGUAAAUAAGUGAUUGUUCAUGCAUGGUUUUAAUUUGAUUUUAUAGUUUUAUACUGCAUGCUUUUAUUUUGGCGGACCAGCAGAGGAAAUAAGGGAGAGCAGAGAAGGCCAAUUGACUUUUGCUUGGAAACUGACAGCAUGCUGUAAGACCAAACAGACAGGACUGGGCCUCUAUACCCUACCUUUUGACAAUUAAGCGCCUAGCUGGAAUUGGGAACAAGCUCUUACGGUGUUUCAAGAAAGAAAAGGUGGAUUUAUGUUCAAAAUAAGGAUGCCAGCUGAACAUGAAUAAAAAUUCCUUGAGAAACAUCAGUACGCUUCACCAUUGUCUGGCUGGGUUCGCUACAGUAAGAGCUUGACCCUCAUCAAGCCUGAUGAUCUGCUGCCACCCUUGACGAGCCAUGAUGGGGGAUCUUCAUGCCUGAUCUACACUAACCCAAGCAGCAGACACAAGGAUUUGGUGCAAUGGUCAAGUACGGUAACAGUUGGAGAUAUUGAAGCUGAACUGUGAUUGAUCUGCAAUUAUACAGACUAUGGAAGAAAGACUUUGUGAACUAAAUCAAUGAACAGUUAAAAUUACCUGCUCAACAAAUCGCAAAGAGGAACUUUUACAGCAUUUGCAUGAUACAACUGGACAAUUUAUAGCUAAGGACAUUUUCCCUUUCACAUUGGACUUUGCGGUAUAAGUUCUUUGAAAGUUGUGUUUAUUUUACUCUUCUUAUUUGCAGUUAUUGAUGGUCUUUGUGUUUGUGCAUUUAUCCUAAUUAUUUGGGUUUAUGCAGUUUUUAUGCUGUUCUUAUUGUGUGGUUUGACUAUAUUAGUUAAAAGGUUUUCAAUCAAUUUUAAAGGUUUAAAUCUUUAGUCAAUAAUGGCAGAGUCAACUACUGAUGAAGAGCUGGAAAAGCAAGUUCAGGAGCCACGGAAUGAGCUCCCCAUACCCACAGAUCCUUCUGUCAGGCUAGGUUUGGAGGACAACGUUGAAACUAAUGGUGACUUACUUGAAGGUCUCCGUCGCUCUGAACGUGCACGAAAUCCCACUGAGAAUAUGCGUAUGCACCAGGAUGAAGAGGCCAAGAAAAGGGAGAAAAGGCUCCUAUCCAUGUAUGAGAAAUGGAAGCUGCAAAUUCGCAAGGCAAGAAACCAGCUUAAGGUGUACAUGCAAGAAAGUGAGCUCUGGCUUCUUAUCGGGAACUUAAGAAGAGUCAAAUAGACAUAAUGAACAUAUACUCUGAAAUUCGAGAUCUUGCUACACCUUCCACUGAUAUCAGAAGACGAGUUGACACGUGUGUUUCAGUGACCACCGAAAUCAUCAGCAUUGCUCACAACAGAGCGAUAGACGACAAAGCUGAAUUUGAUGAAAACCAGGAGAGACACCGCCUUCACGAGCUGCUCUGUCAUGACCAGUGUUGGGAACGUUACUUUAAAAAAGUAAUUAGUUAUAGUUGCUGAUUACUUUGUCAAAAAAGUAACUCAGUUACUAACUGAGUUACAAGAUCAUAAAAGUAACUAAUUACCAACAAAAGUAACUACUUAGUUACUUUUUUUCAUUAAAGAAUGCAAGAAUUACUACAAUAGUAAAAUAUAAAUUACUAAUGACUGAACAUAAUAAAAUGUCCAAAUGUUUUAUAUAAACCUGAAUAAUUUAAACAAAUACGCACUUAACAGGAGGAACUACUAACAGGAACAUUACACUAAUCUAGACUAUUAAAAGGUCACUGUGUGAUAUUUAACAAGACCCCAAUCAGCUAACAUUUAAAAUUGCAAAUAGAAACACCUGUAAAGGUUCCCGAGCCUUUAAAUGGUCUCUCAGUCUAGUUAAAUUACAGAAAUAAAUGUAAUUUUGCACAGUAUUCUAAUUUUUCCAGCUUCACAUAAUUGUGUGUUUUUACUAGCAUUUCUGUUGCUGGUAAUCUAGUAACGGUAAAAUAAAUAAAUAAAAUCCUUUAAAAUGACACUAGAAGAGGCACAAGCCUGAUGGAGGACUUACAUUUACUAACGUGGGUCAGACCCAACCACAGAAGAGCUGAAGCUGGGUGGUAAACACACACAGGUAGUUCUAAUAACACCUGAGCUCCAUGCCGUCUGAGACAGAUGCAUCAGUGUUACAGCGGGACUAAAGACAUGAUCAGAAACAGGUUACAGCUGGAUGAUCUAGGAAGGUAGAAGAUCAGGAUGUCUGAGCGGUGAACAGGUGAGCGGACCUUCGGGACAUCCCGCUGUCACGCUAAGGACACGGCUGCAGACCCGCAGAUUUGCUGCUGCAGCAACAAAUCUGCGGGUCUGCAGCCGUAGAUAUUCAUCACGUCUUCCUCGCUCUUCACGGGCCGUGACGCACUUGGAUGAAAACAUCUGCCUCUUUAGCUCCUGAUCAGCUGAUGAUGACAGCUUCAACACACCGCGCUGCUUAACGCACGCUUUUCCUUAUCAGUAACAGAAACGACGUUUUGAUAAAAGAAGACGUAAUUAAUUAGUUUGCUCGUUACAGAAAGAAAUAUUUUUUAUUAACGUGGUUAUUUUAAACGGAGUUAUUCCCGUUGUGUCUACAGAAUGCAGCGACUGAGACCGUGAGGGUCUCCGCCCACCCGGCCAAUCAUCAUGGUGUUUGUAAGUGCGUUACCGACACCUCUCUCUCCCUGGCUGCAGCUGAAGUGUGGCGGUCAGAAAGCCUCACGCUGCUGCUCAACGUUCGACAAGCACAUAGUAACGCACAACCUUCCGUCCCCAGUAACGGUAACGGCGUUGCAACGGCGGGAAAAGUAAUUAAUUAGAUUAUUCCGUUACCUAUAAAAGAACGCCGUUAGAAACGCCGUUAUACUUAAACGGCGUUACUCCCAACACUAGUCAUGACUAUGCAAAAUCCAUUUAUGGAUCUGCCUCCUCCAUGACAAGUUACAAGUCAGACCAUCAUUCAGUCACAUCGUCGUUAUUAGCCAAGCGGGCGGAUGCAGCAGCUGAACUGGCAGCGAAGGAAGCAAGCUAUGAGAUGCUACAAGAGGAAGAAAGACAAAGGGAAUUGAUACGAGAGUUAGAAGAACAACAUCGUAAGGCUCUAGAGGCUCAAAAAUGUGAAUUGGAGCGAUUACAGGCAAAAAAGGAGGUGCGGGCGGCCCGAGCUAAACUGAAAGUCUAUGAUAAAGAGGCAGAAGGCGAUGCAUUCUACUAUACUAACAAUGAAAGUGACAAGGAGACAAAGGAAGUGCCUGUUACUGCAAUUAACCCCCCUUAUGUCACCACACCCUCAGGUACUGAUAUCUCAUCUCUCACUCGACUGUCUUUCAAGACAGCCUAGCCUUAAAUAGGCUUCCUGCUCCAUAGCCAUUUGUUUUCAGUGGUGAUCCAAUACGGUUCAUUGAAUGGAAGGCAGCAUUUACUUCACUUGUCGACCAAAGGUCAAUCACUCCUGCUGAAAAACUUUACUAUCUCAAAAGAUACGUUGGUGGGCCAGCACGCCAGGUUCUGGAUGGCACCUUCUAUCGAAGUGAUAAUGAGGCAUAUCAAGAUGCCUGGAAAAAAUUGAAUCAUCAUUUUGGCCAGCCAUUCGUUAUUCAGAGAGCAUUCAGAGAAAGGCUUUACAAUUGGCCAAGGAUUCAGUCUAAGGAUGCUGAGGGGCUUAGAAACUUCUCAGACUUUCUGAAUGCCUGUCAAGAUGCCAUGCCUCAUGUCAAGGGACUUGACAUAUUGAACGACUGUGAGGAAAAUCAGAAACUCGUACAUAAAUUACCAGACUGGCUGACCUCACGCUGGAACCGUCUAGCUACACAAAGCUUGAAUGAGAAGCAAGAAUUCCCCAGUUUCAAGGAGUUCGCCAGUUUUCUGUCAACUGAAGUGGAGAUUGCCUGCAAUCCCAUUACAUCUUUGUAUGCUCUUCAUCUAUCAGACUCAAGCACUGAAAGGAGAAAUGUCCGAGAUGAAAAGAGAAACAAGGCCAGUGCUUUUAAUAUUCAAACAGUUGCAAAUGAAGAUGAACAAAGGUCAGACUACCGAAAGGUUAAGAUUUCAUGUAUUCUUUGUCAAGAUGCCACACACCAACUUCAUGGAUGUCCCAAAUUCGCAGAGAUGUCAUUGAUCGAAAGACGGACUUAUGUAAAGGAGAAGAAACUCUGCUAUGGAUGUCUAAAACCUGGUCACGGUGCAAAAGACUGCCACCAUCGUCAUUACUGUGACAUCUGUAAGGGAAAGCAUCCAACAGCCCUUCAUGACUCCAAUUAUGCUAAAGAAAGACCUUCAGAAAUGGGAAUAAGUCAUGGUCCUGCUGCAACUUCGCUCAGUGUAGCAGCAGAAGGUUCAUCCAACACAUCGAUGGUGAUACCAGUGUGGGUAUCUUCUAUAAAUAACCCAGCUACUGAGAAACUUGUUUAUGCUCUUCUCGAUACCCAGAGCGACACUACAUUUAUCGAUCAAGCAGUGAGUGAUGGUCUUGAGGCAGACAAACAUCCAGUUAAGCUGAAGUUGACCACCAUGAGUGGAAGGGAUACCGUUAUCACAAGUGAGUGUGUUUCGGGACUACGUGUAAGAGGAUACAGUUCCGCCAUUCAAGUCAAUCUGCCGAGGACCUACACAAAGGACUGUAUACCGGUGAACCGUGCUCACAUUCCUACUUAUGAGUCAGCUAAACAAUGGAGUCAUCUCACAGAAAUAGUUGAAGAAAUUCAACCACUUAAAGACUGUGAAGUGGGACUCCUGAUUGGCUACAACUGCUCUCGAGCCAUGGCCCCAAGGCAAGUCAUUUUAGGAGGAGAUGAAGAACCCUAUGCUAUACGGACAGACUUGGGAUGGAGCAUUGUCGGACCGUCUUCACAUGGUUAUGAUUCACUGAGCAGAAUUAGUUUCUGUCAUAGAAUCGCUGUAAAAGAGCUACCUCCUGCAACUCCUGUCGAUGUGAUCCGCAUAUUGGAAUCUGACUUUAAUGAAGGAAGCGAAGAUACCAAAACAGUCUCACAAGAUGACAUCAUCUUUCUCAACAAGCUAAGUGAAGGCAUAGAGAAAAACAGACAUGGUCAUUACGAAAUGCCUCUGCCAUUCAAAAUCAGACCUAACCUGCCUGAUAACAGAGAUGCAGCGUUGGUACGCCUUAAUCAUCUUAAAAGGAAACUGCAACGAGACGAAAGGUACAAAGAGCAGUACAUCAGAUUUAUGGAGGAGGUCAUAGAAAGAGGAGAAGCAGAAGAGAUUGAGAAUGGUGGGAGCGAUGGGGAAAGAUGGUAUAUUCCCCAUCAUGGUGUAUGCCAUGUACAAAAGCCAGACAAACUUCGUGUUGUGUUCGACUGCUCAGCCAGAUAUAAAGGUACCAGCUUAAACGACCAUCUACUCUCUGGCCCUGACAUGUUAAACAGCUUGAGUGGAGUUCUCAUACGUUUUCGUCAACAUUCUGUUGCACUGAUGUGCGAUAUUGAAAAGAUGUUCCACCAAUUCUAUGUUGAUGAACCUGAUCGAAAUUACCUUCGCUUUCUGUGGUGCAAGCAAGGAGAUUUGAACUCAAAGCCAAGCGAGUUCCGCAUGAAGGUGCAUCUGUUUGGCACAGCAUCCUCCCCUGGAUGUGCUAAUUUUGGGCUGAAGCAUUUAGCUAAGGAGAAUGCCAACAUCUAUCCUCAAGGCUCUCGAUUCAUCAUGAGGGACUUCUAUGUAGAUGACGGGCUCACAAGUGUGGGAAACGCAGAAGACGCUAUUCAACUUGCCAGAGAAGCCCGUGAACUUUGUGCCACUGGUGGGCUCAGACUUCACAAGUUUGUGUCGAACAACCUUGAUGUCCUGGAGAGUAUACCACUCUCUGAACGAGCAACAAAUGUGACAAAUAUGGAUCUCAAGCUUGACACCCUUCCAUCAGAGAGAGCUCUUGGAAUCAAAUGGGAUGUAGAGUCCGACCAUUUUAAGCUUAAUGUCAGCCUUAAAGAGCAGCCUGCAACACACUGCGGUGUCCUGUCUACAGUGGCCUCCCUGUAUGAUCCACUCGGCCUUGUAGCACCAGUUCUGCUUAAAGGGAAAAUCAUCCUUCAAGAGAUGCGUAGGCGUGGCACAAGCUGGGACGAUUUCCUUCCCGAUGAGCUCCGUCCAAAGUGGGAACAGUGGAAAAACAAACUGUCUCAACUGGAUAAUGUUGCAAUACCCCGCCAGUAUGUACCUGCUGGAUUCGGAAGGGUUUUAAAGACAGAGCUGCAUCAUUUCUCUGAUGCCAGCACAAAGGGCUAUGGUCAGUGUUCAUACCUCAGACAACAAAAUGAAGAUGGAGAUGUUCAUUGCAGCCUAGUCGUGGGAAAGGCUCGAGUUUCACCCACAAAACUCACAACUAUUCCACGAUUGGAACUGAUGGCGGCCGUUAUUUCAGUGAAGAUGAGCAACAUGCUAAAGGAGGAAUUUAGGUCCGCGGACAUUGAGGAAUUUUUCUGGACCGACUCAAGGGUGGUUUUGGGAUAUAUAAAGAACGAAGCAAGGCAAACCCACACCUUUGUGGCUAACCGUGUCCAGAAGAUUCAGCUUGGCUCAGCCCCUCAACAAUGGAGAUAUGUUGCAACAAAUGGCAAUCCUGCUGACCAUGCUUCUCGGGGUCUGAACACCAGUGAGCUUCUGUCAUCCAACUGGUUCACUGGUCCAGCAUUCCUGUGGAACAAGGAAAUGAAGCUACCAGCAGACGAAACUCCGGAUUUAACAAUCGGAGAUCCAGAAGUCAGAAGUGCCUUAUCUCUCACCACAGGAACUGUGGAGCAAAUCAGCUUGGCUGAUCGAUUGUCUAAGUUCUCAUCUUGGCCCCUGGUCAUCAGAGCUGUUGCACGCAUUUUAAGGCGUAUCAGAAAAAACAAGUCGGACAGUCUCACAACUGUAAUGGAACGAGAAGAUGCCGAACAUUGCAUAAUCAAAGACUUGCAGGAAAAUACUUAUCAAGAGGAGUUGAAACUUUUGAACAAAGGGAUUCGGCUACCAUCCAACACUCGACUAUACUCACUUGAUGCAUUCCUUGAUCAAGACGGUAUCCUCAGGGUGGGAGGAAGGCUGAGCAACUCCUCUCUUCCCAGCUCCAUCAAGCACCCUGCGAUCAUCCCCAAGAAUCAUCCCAUCACAAAGAUGUUGAUCGCUCACCAUCACGAAAGAAUGGAACACCAAGGUAAAGGCCUCACCAUUAAUGCUAUUAGGUCCAGUGGCUACUGGAUCCCAGGAAUGAACCGGGUUGUAGCAUCCUACAUUCGCCACUGUGUCACCUGUAGACGGCACCGGAAGCCAACUGAAGAGCAAAGGAUGGCUGAUUUACCCCCUGAACGUGUGGAACCAUCGCCACCUUUUUCCUUUUGCGGAAUGGAUUGCUUUGGCCCUUUCGUUACCAAGCAAGGAAGAAAGGACAGCAAGAGGUACGGUCUUCUUUUCACUUGCCUCAGCUCCCGGGCCAUCCAUAUCGAGAUGCUUGACAGCAUGUCAACAGACUCCUUCAUUAAUGGUUUGAGAUGUUUCAUUGCUAUUCGUGGCACUGUUCAUCAGAUCAGGUCUGACCAAGGGAGCAAUUUUGUUGGAGCCAAAAACGAACUCAAGGAAGCUCUGAAGGAAGUUAGCGCAGACCGGCUGGCUGCAUUUCUUGCCGAGAGACAAUGUGACUUUGUCAUGAAUGCACCUCAUUCAAGUCAUGUUGGAGGAGUGUGGGAGAGACAGAUUAGGACUGUGAGAAGUGUCCUAGGGUCUACACUUGCCUUGUCUUCUGGUAGGCUAAAUGAUGCCUCAUUGAGGGCCUUCUUCUAUGAAGCCAUGUCAAUCGUCAACAGUCGCCCUCUGACUGUUGAUAACCUCAGUGACCCCCAUAGUCUCGAGCCACUCACGCCCAAUCAUCUCCUGACUAUGAAAUCUACCAAGGCGUUACCUCCCCCAGGAAACUUUGUCAGGGAGGACAUGUACAGUAGGAAAAGGUGGCGGCACGUCCAAUACCUGGCAGAACAGUUUUGGAGUAGAUGGCGAAAGGAAUAUCUUGCCAGCAUUGCUCUCAGACAAAGGUGGCACACUCCAAGAAGAAACAUGCAAGUUGGAGAUAUCGUACUCGUCAAAGGAGAUGAUGCACACAGAAAUGAGUGGAGAUUGGGGAGAGUUUCAGGUACUACUACCAAUAAAGACGGACUCGUAAGAAGAGUGAAGAUCUGCCUUGGUGACAGAAACCUUGGUAAAAAGGGGGAGCGUUUCCACAAGAUGUCGGAAAUUGAGCGCUCAGUCCAAAACCUUGUCCUGUUGUUAGAGACAAGCUGAAUUUGCUCCUGUACUCCUUGGCUCACACUACCGCCUUCGAUAGCAUCUAAUCUAAAUUCAGUAGAUCUGUUUAUAAGGCUAGGUACUCCUAAGAAGGUUAAUUUUACUUGAGAAAUCAUUCGUGCUUAAUGUGCACAGUAAACUGUUUCAUUGCUCACUCAUGAUUGGUGGGAGUGUAAAUAACUGUGGAAAGGCUCUGUAAAUAAGUGAUUGUUCAUGCAUGGUUUUAAUUUGAUUUUAUAGUUUUAUACUGCAUGCUUUUAUUUUGGCAGACCAGCAGAGGAAAUAAGGGAGAGCAGAGAAGGCCAAUUGACUUUUGCUUGGAAACUGACAGCAUGCUGUAAGACCAAACAGACAGGACUGGGCCUCUAUACCCAACCUUUUGACAAUUAAGCGCCUAGCUGGAAUUGGGAACAAGGUAUUGUUUGAUGCAUGUGUUUAUGUGGAUUGAUGUGAUUUUCUAUGUAUGUUGUUGUGUUUAAAGUGGUUAAAUGCACAACAAUGCUAACAGCCAUCUCAACCAUAGAGCCAGGUGAACACCCAUGCUAAUAUUAGCCUUUGUGUGUUUCACAUGCUUGGACUUAGUUUUAAUAUUGGUUUUAGCUUUUAACAUGUUUAUGCACAUUUUUGAUCUCACUCAACUUAUUAAUGUAGAUUCAAUAAUAUUGUAAAUGGUUAUAUGGCAUAAAGGUCAUCUUUGUAAGAGCUCAUUAUAUUUUCAUUUAUCUGUUUUAUUUAGCUCUUACGGUGUUUCAAGAAAGAAAAGGUGGAUUUAUGUUCAAAAUAAGGAUGCCAGCUGAACAUGAAUAAAAAUUCCUUGAGAAACAUCAGUACGCUUCACCAUUGUCUGGCUGGGUUCGCUACACUGGAGAGGUCUGCCGUCCACC